UGGGUUACAUGCUGGCUACCACGCAGUCCAUUGCUGCAGAGAUAAAUGUGGUCUUGAACGACACUUAGCCCAGGCACUCUCGCAUGGCCCUCGGUCCUGAGGAGUGCUGCUUUACCCUGAACUCUACCUGUAAGUGACAGAUCUGUGGUUGAGCAUCACAGCAGCAGAAAAGAGGAGGAGGAGGACAAGAGGAGGAUGACAAUGCAGCGCCUCCUAACUCAUGGGACGCUGCAGCGAGUGGCAGCGAUGCGGCCGCUGCUGGUGGGUGUCACCGUCCCUGAGGCUCCAGCAGCGUUUUGUUGCUGUGCCCUCCGCCUGCCACCGUCACCACCUGCAGGCCAACGCUGGCUCUCAACCUCAGCUUACAGCAGAGCAGCACAUCAACCAAAACACCAGUCAACACAGGACAAGCAACAAUCCACCCUCACACCUCCAACGCAGGACAUCCAGAAAGAGGAAGCUGGCCCUGAUCUUGCAGAGGUGGACCCCUUGCAGGAUAAGUCCAUUGGCCUGUUUCAGAGGUUUAAGAAGACGUUCAAACAGUACGGGAAGGUGUUGAUUCCUGUGCACCUGGUGACAUCCUCUGUCUGGUUUGGAACCUUCUAUUAUGCUGCUAUGAAAGGUGUGAAUGUAGUGCCAUUCCUGGAGAUGAUUGGUCUGCCAGAGUCACUAGUUGGCCUUUUGAGAGACUCAUCAAGUGGCUACGCACUGACUGCAUAUGCCAUGUACAAGAUUGCUACCCCUGCUAGAUACACGGUGACUCUGGGUGGCACCUCACUGUCUGUUCAGUAUCUUCGCAAGCACGGCUACUUGUCUAGACCACCACCAGUCAAAGACUACAUCCAGGACAAAAUGGAAGAGACCAAGGAGAAACUGACAGAAAAGAUGGAAGAGACGAAGGAGAGAUUUUCAGAGAAAAUGGAGGAAACAAAAGAACGCUUCUCAGAGAAAAUGGAAGAAACUAAGGACAAGCUUUCUGAGAAACUGCAGGAAACCAAAGACAGAGUCUCUGAGGGAAAAGCAUUUUUUAGAAAGAAAGGUGAUUAGUGAAUCACAUAUACAGGUGGCGCCUUUUAAUAAAUGGUCCUAAUUUGAUCUCAAACAUGUAAGCAGUGAAUAGGGGACAAGUAACAGAUGGUAUUUCUGAGACUGUUUGGAGACAGGAGAAACGUUGCACUAUCCCUGUCCUGCAAUUUUGCCUCACACAUCUCAGUUAUCACCUGGUGUCUAUGUAAGUGUCAAAAUCAGUCCCUACUUGUCUGAACCCUUCCACGAUGCACUCUAAGUGUAGACCAGACAGCAGCUUAGUAGACUGCUGGCAAUGCUACAUUCUGGCUCUGUCAUCCCAGACUGGAUUUACACAGGCUCAAGCAAUCUGGACCUUAACUCUUGGUUGGCUGUAAGUCAGGUGUUUAAAGAAGAGCACUGUUCUAAUUUCUGUUGUCAUAUACAUACAUGUGGGGGGGAAAAAAAGAUAUCUAGGUUCCAAUGAGAUUAAAAUAUGUGCCUGUGUAAAAACAGUAAAGACUGAAUGGGAGAGAGAGCAGUGCUAAUCCUUCUGCUUGUUAGGAAAAUAAAACUUGAAGCUCAUGGUUACGUGUAUUAGUCCAUCAAAGCCUUUCUAAAGGCUGAAGGUAUCACCUUGUGUCUUUUCUAAUGUAAUGAGAAAGAAAUUUAAGUUUUUCUAAUGUAUUUUUAUCUGAUAGCCAAUGCUAAUAUAUGACAUUAUUUCUGUUUCUGUACCAUUUAAUGUAUCGACUGAAAGUUAUGGAAGAAAUGAGUCAGAUGAUCAUUUGAGAGCUGCUUCUAGUAGGUGUCGUUUUACAUGUGGUCAGUUGGUGAUCUGACAAGUAAACAUGCAAUGGCUGCAGUUUGUAUGAACAGUAUCCAUGCUGUGUGAUACAUUGAUGGUGUUCCAGAGGAAAUGUCUUGGUUGCUUUGCUAAAUAGACAAAUGUUCUUAUCAGAAAUUCACACCGAUGUCUGGUGAAAACCACAAAUGAAUAAAAGUCAAAUACGAAUCA